CUCCCAAUCAGCUGAGGAGGUUGCAUAAGGAGGCUGGCACUGAUCUCGACCAAAUUAAACUACGUCGUCGGGCCCAGGCGAGGCGACAGCGCAGUUGGGAAAGUACAACGUGUCUAAGUGGGUUGUCGAGGAACAGAAACGGUGAACAUGGCUGCUGCAACGAGGACUCUCCUACGCUCGCUGUACUUGAGGUCGUGUCCUGAGCUGCUGUCGAGGGCCCAGAGCUCCGUCGCUGCGCCUCAGCCCCAGGCGACGACCACUUCAGAGAAAUCUUCAGUACCAAAAGCCAAGUUUGACUGGCGGGAUGCCUUGAACCUCGAGAGCCAGCUGACAGAGGAUGAGAUUAUGAUCAGAGAUGCCUUCUAUGCAUAUUGCCAGGAAAAACUUAUGCCGAGAAUUCUCCUUGCCAACAGAAAUGAAACCUUCGACAGAGAUAUUAUGAGCGAAAUGGGAGACAUGGGGGUACUUGGACCUACAAUCCAUGGCUAUGGGUGUCCUGGGGUGUCAUCCGUCGCCUAUGGUCUCAUUGCGCGAGAGGUGGAGAGAGUCGACUCUGCUUAUAGAGAUAUCAUGAGCGAAAUGGGAGACAUGGGAGUACUUGGACCUACAAUCCAUGGCUAUGGGUGUCCUGGGGUGUCAUCCGUCGCCUAUGGUCUCAUUGCGCGAGAGGUGGAGAGAGUCGACUCUGCUUAUAGUGAUUGGGGAGCUUUUUUAGUGCAAAGGAAAUUCACAAACGACUUCGGUGGACAGGGCAAUUUUUGGGUGGUCCCCUCAACCGCAAUUUACUUCACAGCCAGAGGAGAAAUCGUGGGUUGCUUUGGAUUGACUGAGCCCAACCAUGGCAGUGAUCCAGCUGGUAUGGAGACACGAGCAAAAUAUGUUCCCUCGGAUAAAGUCUACAUUGUGAACGGCUCGAAAACAUGGAUUACCAACUCCCCCAUCGCCGACAUUGCUGUGGUUUGGGCCAAGUGUGAAGACGGCCACAUUCGCGGGUUCAUCUUGGAGAAGGGAAUGGCCGGCCUCUCCUGCCCCAAGAUUCAAGGGAAGUUCUCCCUCCGUGCCUCCCACACGGGUAUGAUUUUGAUGGACGAUGUGGUGGUGCCCGAAGAGAACAUCUUGCCCGGAGUCAAAGGGUUGAAGGGUCCAUUCAGUUGCCUAAACAAUGCACGCUAUGGCAUUGCCUGGGGUGCCCUGGGAGCUGCAGAGUUCUGCUUGGAUGCGGCACGACAGUACACCCUAGACCGAAAGCAGUUCGGACGGCCACUUGCAAACAACCAGUUGAUUCAGAAGAAGAUGGCUGAUGCACUGACCGAAAUUUCCCUGGGCUUGCAAGGGUGUCUGCAUGUGGGCCGUCUCAAGGAUGAAGGAAAGGCUACCCCAGAGAUGAUCAGUCUGUUGAAGAGGAACUCCUGUGGAAAGGCCCUGGACAUUGCCCGUCAGACCAGAGACAUGCUUGGUGGCAACGGCAUCUCAGACGAAUACCAUAUCAUCCGCCACGUCAUGAACCUAGAAGCUGUGAACACAUACGAAGGAACGCACGACAUCCACGCACUCAUCCUUGGCCGUGCCAUUACUGGACUGCAAGCCUUCAGCGGAAAGUAGAAUUGCAGGGUUUUUGCAAUAAUCGUGGUGCCUAUCUAGGGUAUAGUCUUAUAUUUUUCCAUUGAACAUGCACAAGCUAUAUAGAUUGUGAAAUUAAUGUUCCCUACUUUUCUUUUAUCGUCUUCUAAGGGAGUGUAGAACAUAUAAGAUAGAUAUUAUUUGAUUUUAGUUUAUAUAAGAUUUAUUCAAUGAGCAGCAUUAGAGCUCUGAAAUUGAAGUUGGCAAUUUUGGCAUUUUACAGAAAUAACUUGAUUAGUCUUUCUAACGCUGUCAUGCUAUAACUUAUAUGAGAAUAGUAUGAUAAGGUCUUUGUAUAGAAAACAAAACUUCAGCAUUAUUGAUUGUUAAAUUUGUUACUUUUCAUUUAAUUGAAUAGACGUGAAUCAUGAAUCUCACAAAGAUAAAUGUACUGUACAGGCCUACUAGACCUGUCAUUGAGUGCUAUGCAAUUAACUAUUAUUAUUAUUAUUAUUAUUGUUAUUGUUAUUAUUUUUUUCUCUCUUUUUUCUUUUGUUUUUUCUUAGUCAUCUAAGUAAUGACGAAUAUACUCUGUGAGAGGAAGUUUAUCUUCAGAUUAUUUUUGUAUAAAGUAAUGUCUCUGUUGCAGCUCUUCAAAAAUAUAUAUAUUGAUAGGACCUUGUUAUUGAUUAUCCAUGUGUGUAUUAUAUUUGUGAAGGUUAUUGCAUGUUAGAAUGAGUGCUUCCAUAAAUAUCGUACUCAGUAAGUGUGUCACCCUUCAUUUAUUACUUAAGAAAUAUAGAUUUGAAUAUAUGAAUUUCAUAUA